GUCCGUCUGUCCGUCUUAAGGUCCUUUCUGAGCAGACCGGAACUUUGAUAAGCAAGAGCUUCGAUUGUCGACAUUUAAAUCCAAAUUACUCCCCAUUUCUCGUUUAAAGUAGACUAUUUAACGUUACAUUCGUGUUGUUAUUUUUUUAAAACCCGUAAAAGACAACUUCGUCGCGUCGCAAAAUGAAGGUUUCGUGAAGGCUUGACUUUGAAACCGGAAAAGCUUCAAUAUCUCGACAUAUUUGCCGGGUGUUUAACAAACAGCUGGAACCCACUAAACACUAAAAGUAACUUAUUUAUCUCACUUUGAAAGUGAGUUACAACAAGACUUACUUUUAAACAGUUUUAAUGGUCCAUGUCGCACUUUCUCGCUCGGCGUGACCACGCCCACACAUUCCAGUCGGUCUGGGCCGGGAGGAGGAGGAGGAGAGACAAGGAAGGACAAACGGCAGGAAAAAAGUGCGUGUUGAUGUUGAAGACGUCAAGAGGAGAUGAUCAAGAAAAGCACUCGGGUGUUCUUGCUACAUUAACGCAAUUUCUGCUGUCGACUUCCCGUUGCAGCACAAAAGUUGACCGCGACAGAACUUUUUCUUGUUUUGUUGUGCCGGAGGAGGACCCAGCAGGACCAUGGAGAUCCUGGACUCCACCGAAGCCUUUAUGCAUUGGGACCGGAACCUCAGCGAGCUGUCCGAGGCUGCAGACAUGGACUGUGGCCUCUACACUAAUCACUUCUCUGAGCUCCUGGACGACCUCUCCCAGGACGCCCUGCUCGGCCAGCUCCUCAGCGACCCCUUCCUGUCCGGCGGCGGGAGAGGCGGCGCCGACACCGAGGAGGGCGGCGACCUGUCCCCUUCCUCCCCGCUGCCCCCGCACAUCACGGCCGAGCACAGCUACUCGCUGUGCGGCGACAGCCGGCCUCAGUCGCCGCUGUCGCACCUGACCGGUGAACACGGCAGCGACGCAGAAUCGGACGGCGACUCUGCCGAGUGGGCGAUGGACCAGGACGAAGCGAUGGAAGGCCUCCUGUGUGACGCCCCCUCCUCCCUCCUGCCCGCCUUCUCUCUCUCCCUGGGCGCCGUCGAGGAACCCCUGGCCCCCGAGGCCCCCGCCAGCCCCGCUCAGACCCCCGUCAGCAGCCCCCAAGACAGAAGCAUCAAGGUUAAGGAGGAGAGCAUCCUCCCUCAGAUUAAACUAGAACCUCACGAGGUGGACCAGUUUCUCAACAUGUCCGCCAAAGGUCUGGAUGCUCUCCAGAUGCCGCCCACGCCUCCCAGCUCCCACAGCAGCGACUCGGAGGGCAGCCACAGCCCCGUGCACGCCCCUCCGAGCUUGUCCCGCCCCACCUCGCCCGCCAGUCCGCCUCCCGCCCAGCCGGGACUGAAGGCGUCGCCCCGCGGGUCCUCCUCCUCUUCCUGCUCCUUGUCCAACUCGCCUCUGCUCACCGCCCCCCAUAAACUUCAAGGCUCCGGACCGCUGAUGCUGACUGAAGAGGAGCGCCGCACGCUGGUCGCCGAGGGUUAUCCCGUUCCCACCAAGCUGCCGCUCACUAAAGCGGAGGAGAAAGCGCUGAAAAAGAUUCGCCGGAAGAUCAAGAAUAAGAUUUCAGCUCAGGAGAGUCGCAGAAAGAAGAAGGAGUACAUGGACACCUUGGAGAAGAAGGUGGAGACAUGCUCCAAUGAAAACAGUGAUCUACACAGGAAAGUGGAGACGCUGGAGUGCACCAACAAGUCUCUCCUGCAGCAGCUUCAGUCCUUGCAAGCGUCGCUCUCAGGAAGAGUGUCCAAAUCCUGCCGAGCAGCGAGCACACAGACGUCCUCCUGCCUGAUGGUGGUAGUGUUGUGUUUCGCUCUCUUUUUGGGCAGUUUCUACCCCGGCAGCCUGUCCUCGUCUUCCAGCAUCGCCCAGAGCGGCUUGACCUCUCCACAGACGGCCGUCAAAGAGUCCUACUCGACGACAGUCAAGUCGAGAAGUCUCCUGUCCACCUUUGAGGACGAGCCGCCGCAGCUCCUCGGCCUGGGCGGCGAGUACCCCGACCACUGGGAGGACACGCCCGCCGUCGUCAUGGCAGCGUGGCGCCGCUCAGAGCAACAGAGAGUGUCGGCGGAGGCCAGCCGGGCGGAGACCCACCCGCCUUUCAGGAGUAAAAUGAACGCCACGCUCACGCCAAAGAACCUGCACAGGCCUCUGGAGCAGAGGACCAACGGGAGCAGGAGUCGAACGCUGGCCUUGGAGCCGACGGUCAAGGAGACCUCCUGAGGGCCAAAGAGCGCCCGGAACCCCUUUGGUCCGCAAGAUUCAGUGUCAUAAAUAAUCCUCCGACUCUUCCACGUCUCUUUGCUUUCCCCACUCUGUCCACCGGGGAGAGUGACGUAGAAAAUAGGAACCAUGUCGGCGCUCUCGUUGGCGUCACCGCUGAAGUAAAGCUGCACUGAAUAUGAGUUUUUAAAAAGUCAUCCUUGCUAAUUACACACAUAUGCUGCUCAAUAAUGAGAGGCUUUUUUUUCUACGGGACACUGAAUUUUUAUAUUUAUACGUUUGUUUUUUUUUCCUCCAAAGGCCAUUGCUCUCGUUUUAACCUUUGUAUUCCUUUCGGUUAUUCCUUUUUUUUUUCUCUCAAUGUUUUUUGUAAUAUAUCGUUUAUAUUUUCCCUAAAGGUGCCUGGUUUAAAGGGUACAUGUGGGAAAGGGUAGAAAGAGAGACAACAACAAGGGUUUUUCAAUAAAACCAACAAUAUUGGAAAUAGUCAAGAAGUAUACAUAGAAAUAAUAACAAUAUAAAUGAAUUAUCAUAAGAAAAUAAUAUAAAUAGUGCAUUUUGAAUGAAAUCGGAGUUUAUCCUCUCAUGCUAUGCUAAGCUAAGUAAUUGAAAGCUGUAAAUCCGGGGUGUCCAAACAUUUUCCAUAAAAUUAAAGGCGGGGGCAUCAUAAUAUUUUUUUUUUAUAUAUAAUAAAACCUCUAAAGGCUUAGUGUCCACAUACGUGGACAGCACCUUUUAGCUCUUAUUUUCCAAAAUGGUGUACACUACUGAAUUGGGGUCUUAUGGCCACUUAUGUGGACACUUAUACUGCCAUCUGGUGGUGUCAGAAGAGUAUAACAUACAAUGGAAUUUGGGGGGGAAAAAGUGGAAAAAAUAAGAAUUAGCAUCACUAAACAUUGGCCCUGCGACGAGGUGGCGACUUGUCCAGGCUGUACCCCGCCUUCCACCCAAAAUGCAGCUGAGAUAGGCACCAGCACCCCCUGUGACCCCGAAAGGGAAAGAGCAGUAGAAAAUGGAUGGACGGAUGGAUGUCAAUAAACAUAAAGUACACUCUUGUGUACUCAUGGACUAAGUACAUCAUAUAAAAGAUGAUUCUUGGUUCUUAUUCUAAUUAGGGUCCAAUAAGCCCAAAUAGCAAAGACAAAUAAAAACAUGAAGUACAUGUUUGUGUACUUAUGGACUAAGUACAUCAUAUAAAAGAUGAUUCUUGGUUCUUAUUCUAAUUAGGGUCCAAUAAGCCCAAAUAGCAAAGACAAAUAAAAACAUGAAGUACAUGUUUGUGUACUUAUGGACUAAGUACAUCAUAUAAAAGAUGAUUCUUGGUUCUUAUUCUAAUUAGGGUCCAGUAAGCCCAAAUAGCAAAGAGAAAUAAAAACAUGAAGUACACGUUUGUGUACUUAUGGACUAAGUACAUCAUAUAAAAGAUGAUUCUUGGUUCUUAUUCUAAUUAGGGUCCAAUAAGCCCAAAAAGCAAAGAGAAAUAAAAACAUGAAGUACACGUUUGUGUACUUAUGGACUAAGUACAUCAUAUAAAAGAUGAUUCUUGGUUCUUAUUCUAAUUAGGCUCCAAUAAGCCCAAAUAGCAAAGAGAAAUAAAAACAUGAAGUACACGUUUGUGUACUUAUGGACUAAGUACAUCAUAUAAAAGAGGAUUCUUGGUUCUUAUUCUAAUUAGGGUCCAAUAAGCCCAAAUAGCAAAGAGAAACUAAAAAAGCAUGUAAACAAACAGCUAGGGCCUAAAAGAGGUUUUUAAAGAUCUUAAAAAAAAAUUCCAAAUUCAAGUCAAUGUAUGCUAAACUGCCAAAAACAAAACAUUAAGUAGUUUAGUGCUACACUUAGCGAAUUACUCUGUUAAAACAAAUCCAUGGGUUUUACUGGCAGCUCGGUCGUCGGGAUUUGACGGUAAAAUUUUCCCUAAAUUACUGUAAAUUUAAAAACGCUAGCGUGGUUAUUUUUACGACAACAUUUUGCUUCCAUUUUUUUUUUAACGUCCAUUUUCACCUUGCAUUGCUGGUAAUGGCAAAAAAAAACUGUUCCGCUUUUUAUUUUUAGGGGAAAAAUUCUAACGAGUGACCUGCCAGUUUUUCCACUGUUUUACAGCAAAUUACUGUACGUUGGACAUUCUGGCCACUCAGGUGAAUCUACGACAUUUUUUUUUCUUAUCUACUAAGUUGUCACGUUGCGUAAAUGGUAAAUAAAAAGAGAAUACAAUGAUUUGCAAAUCCUUUUCAACUUAUAUUCAAUUGAAUAGACUGCAAAGACAAGAUAUUUCAUGUUCACACUGAGAAACUUCAUUUUUUUUGUGUGCAAAUAAUCAUUAAGUUAGAAUUUAAUGGCAGCAACACAUUGCAAAAAAGUUGUCACAGGGGCAUUUUUACCAGUGUGUUACAUGGCCUUUCCUUUGAACAACACUCAGUAAACAUUUGGGAACUGAGGAGACACGUUUUUGAAGUGGAAUUAUUUCCUAUUCUUGCUUGAUGUACAACUUAAGUUGUUCAACAGUCUCCUGCCUCAUAUUUUAAGUUUAAAAUUGCACCACACAUUUUCAAUAGGAGACAGGUCUGGACUACAGGCAGGCCAGUCUAGUACCCACACUCUUUUACUACAAAGCCAUGCUGUUAUAACCCGUGGUUUGGCGUUGUUUUGCUGAAAUAAGCAGGGGCGUCCAUGAUAACGUUGCUUGGAUGACAACAUAUGUUGCUCCAAAACCUGUAUGUACCUUUCAGCAUUAAUGGUGCCUUCACAGAUGUGUAAGUUACCCAUGCCUUGGGCAUUAAUGCACCCCCAUACCAUCACAGAUGCUGGCGUUUCAACGUUGCACCUAGAACAGUCCGGAUGGUUCUUUUCCACGACGUCCACAGUUUCCGAAAACCAUUUGAAAUGUGGACUUUUCAGACCACAGAACACUUUUUCCACUUUGCAUCAGUCCAUCUUAGAUGAGCUCGGGCAUAGCGAAGCCGGCGGCGUUUCUGGGUGUGGUUGAUAAAUGGCUUUCGCUUUGUAUAAUAGUUUUAACUUCCACAAGACACUUUACCCACCUGCUCCCAGUGCCCCCCACACUGGUUUAAAUGUAAAAAAAACAACUAGAUAUUGGGUUUCACUAUGUAAAGCGCUUUGAGU